AUGGCGCGCGUUUGCUGUGCCUUGAUUCGCAAAACUGUUACUGCUCCUCAACCCCGCCUUCUGUUCCUGCUUCCUUCCCCUCCGUUCCUCCGCUCGCCCCGCCACCAGGUGUGUAACGGCAUGCACCACGCGUUAUUAAAGCCCAACCCAGUGCUCUGCCGCUCCUCGCCCUCCCGCCCAUCCUUCCCCCGUUCCCCGCUCUCACCUCCGUUUCCUCCCUCCGGUCCCGCUUUCCCGUUCAACGCGUCACGGCCUCCCUUUCCUCCUCCACCCUCCUUCCUCUCUCCCCUGUUCCCCCCUCCUCUCCCUCCCCCCUCCUGCCGUGCAAGGAGAGCAACGGAGUCUGAACAACGGCGUGUACCACGUGCUGGCCAAGAGGGCCUGAACAACGGCGUGUACCACGUGUUGGCCAAGAGGGCGCUGGCAGAGGGCGUGCAUGCGCUCGUUUUCUGUGUCUACCGCGAUGCCAUCGCUCUCCUCGCCCUGCUGCCCGCCGCUGCCCUCGCCGAGAGUGACGGGUGCGAGAAGAGUAGCGGCUGCCGGCAAGGCGAGGAGAGCGUGUGUGAGCGGCACGCGGGCAAGGAGGGGAGGGAGAAGAGAGGCGUCCCAGCACCAUCUUAUGUCACACAGGCUGCUCCUCCCCUUCUUUCUACUCGGCCUCACAGGUAUCCUGGGCAACCAGCUGCUGUUCCUGCUGGGGCUCAACCUCACAGGCCCUACCACAGCAGCGGCGCUGCAGCCGUCCAUCCCCGUCUUCACGCUCCUCCUCGCGCUGCUCCUCGGGUAACACUCUCCAUUCCCCUGCCGCACUUCCUCCCACCCACACUGCCAUGCCCGCCCUGCUCCGUCCACCUCCCCCCUUCCCCCUUCCCCCUUCCCCCUUCCUGCUCCGCUAACCUCCUUCCUCCAAUUCCUUCUCUGCAAGCACAGCUGCGCCCCGCGCCAUGCAGUCUGGCCUUACUGAACCUGCAGCAGCGUAUUUCUCACAGCAGCGUAUUUCUCACAGCAGCGUAUUUCUCACAGCAGCGUAUUUCUCACAGCAGCGUAUUUCUCACAGCAGCGUAUUUCUCACAGCAGCGUAUUUCUUGUGGUUCUCACGGCACUGCACUGCACCCCGUGCUCUUGACUCGACUCAGAGUUCACCUCGAAAGUGACUGCUGGACUGCCCCAUGUGCCGAGCCAUGCAGCCUGGACUCCUUGAACCUGCAGCACUGGCGCGACCAGGUGCGCCUGGUGGGGCUGGCGCUGUGCGUGGGCGGCGCCGUGCUCAUGGCAGUCUUCCGCGGGCCGCUGCUGCUGGGGGAGGGCGGAGAGCAGCAACAGGGGGACACUGCGCUCCUGCAGCAGCAGGCCGCACUGCCGCCUGGUGCUGAAGGGGCGGGUGCUGCUGGUGGUGCUGGUGGUGGUGGGGGAGGAGUGGGAGGAGGAGGUGGAGAGUGGGUGGCGCCAGGGUCAGUAGGAGCGUGGAGCAUGGGGGUGAUGUCGCUGGUGGGCAACUGCAUGAGCAUGGCGGCCUAUCUCACUAUACAGGUGCCAGUGCUGCGGCGCUUCCCGGCGCCAGUGACAGUGACGGCCAUGGCAUACGUGGUGGGCGCGCUGCUCAUGCUGCUCAUCGCGCUCCUCUCCUCCCCGCCCUCCUGGGUCAUAACGGGCUGGCCGCUCGUGGCUGUUGUCUUUGCGGGCGUGGUGACGUCAGCUCUCAACUACGCACUAAUGACAGCGGCCAACAGGCGCGUGGGGCCGGCCACAGUGGCGCUCUACAACCCGCUGCAGCCCGUCGCCAGCGCCACGCUCUCCUACCUCUGCCUCGCCUCGCCCAUCUUCCUUGGCAGCCUGUCCCUGCAGGGAACAGAGGCAGCACUGCAAGCAGUACAGCAGGGAGAUGAACCGCAAGAGCCACUGCAAUCCCGAGCUGAGGCGAUGGUCCUCGCUAGGAUCCGAGGGCAGGAGGCGAGGGUGCGAGAGGCGAUGGAGGUGAUAAACGGCAAGUACGGCGCCAACACCGCUACCUUCCUCAACGACGACUGUUCCUACGCGCAUGCACGCACACGCACAUGGCCCACAGAACAUGCUCGCAUUUGCCUCUUCAUCCAUCCUGCCCGCCCCGCAGUUCUGUGCAUCUCAACCCUCCUUGCCCGACCUCCCUCCCUGCCCGCCCUCUCCCUGCCCGCCCUCUCCCUGCCCGCCCUCUCCCCGCCAUGCAGAGAGACCUUUCCAUCUGGUGCGCUCACGCUCGACAUUGCCUUGGGGGGAGGGCUUCCCAAGGGGAGAAUAGUGGAGAUCUACGGGCAGGAGAGCAGUGGCAAGACCACUCUCGCCCUGCACGCCAUCGCUCAAGUGCAGAAGCGUGGCGGCAUAGCGUGGGUGGUGGACGCGGAGCAUGCGUUGGACCUCAAGUACGCGCGGCAGCUGGGCGUGCACACGGACAAGCUCGUGCUGUGCCAGGCCGAGGAGGCUGACAAGGCGCUUGAGAUUGUGGACACGGCGAUGAGGGGCCUGGCAGCGGACAUAGUGGUCGUUGACUCCGUGCCCGCGCUCAUCCCCUCGCAGGAGCUCGAGAGCGAGAUGGGGCAGGAGUCGAUAGGGCUGCUGGCGCGCCUGAUGUCCAAGGUGCUCAAGAAGCUGAGCGCCAGUGCGAGCCGGUCCAAGUGCACCGUUGUGUUCCUCAACCAGAUGCGCCAGAAGAUCAACACGGGUGGCUUUGCCUUCGGCAGUCCCGAGACCACCACGGGCGGCAAUGCCCUGCGCUACUUCGCCUCCGUGCGCCUUGACCUGCGCAGCGUUGGCAAGAUCAAAUCGGCCAAGGACGAGUCAGACAUGGGUAUUCGUGUGCGCUGCAAGGUGGCCAAGAGCAAGGUGAGUCCACCACUACGCACAGCGGAGUUCGACCUGCUCUUUGGCACCGGCAUCUCCCACGCGGGGUGUGUGCUGGACUGUGCGGAGGAGCUGAAGAAGGUGGAGAGGAAGGGAUCGUGGUACAGCUUCAGGGACGAGAUGCGGGUGCAAGGGCGUGAGAACGCCAUCACGUUUCUCAACAACAACCCGCACGUCUUGUGCUGUCGUACAGCUCGUCCUCGCCCCCCACCCCGCCUCCCCUCCCGCCCUCCCACCUUCUUCAAUCUGCCUGGGCCUACCUCCCGCUUCUCCCCCAUUCCCCUUUACCCUCCCUCUUGGUGCUCUUGCGCUGUGCAGCUAGUGCGGGAGCAUGUGGCACCGGUGGAGGAGGAGGUGGUAUCAGAUGAAGAGAGUGACUUGGACCCGCUACCCUUUUCUGAUGACGAUACAUACCAUGGGGCAGACAUUGACAUGCAAUAG